CCAGUUUUUGUUCCUAGCCAUUUGUCUUCGUAUCUGUGACUGAAAAAUGACCUGUGUUGCUCCAUCUGGUAACCGACCAAUUUCCAAACUUAGUGUUCCAUUCAGCAAACCUAUCUAUGGAGGACUUCAACCAGGAAUGGCAAUCUAUGUUCAAGGUGACAUUUCUCAUGAAGAUAACCAGCAGGGCCACAUUUCUCAUCAUGCUGACAGUUUUUUUAUAAACCUUACUUGUGGUGAAAGCCAAGAGGCGGACAUUGCUUUGCAUAUUACUCCUCGUUAUGAAGGACAUGACAAGGUUGUCUUCAACACUCGCCAAGGAGGCUCCUGGGGCAAUGAGGAGGACAAGAAGCAAAUACCAUUUAAGAGGGGGCAACAUUUUGAGGUCUUAGUCCAAGUGAAGCACGACAUUUACGAGGUGUUUGUCAACGGGUCACGCUUCUAUGGGUACUCACACCGUAUACCUCUUGAACGAGUGACUGCUAUGUACAUUAAUGGAUCGCUGACCCUUCAGACCGUUAAGAUUAUUGGUGGUAUGACAGGGACUAUGGGGAAUGCUGUUGUUUAUAAUCCAAAUGUUCCAUUCAGCAAACCUAUCUAUGGAGGACUUCAACCAGGAAUGGCAAUCUAUGUUCAAGGUCACGUUUCUCAUCAUGCUGACAGGCUUCAGAUAAACCUUACUUGUGGUGAAAGCCAAGACAUUGCUUUGCGUAUUAAUCCUUGUUAUGAAGAAAACAAUGCGGUGAUCUUCAAUACUCGCCAAGGAGGCUCCUGGGGCAAUAAGGAGCAAAAGAUGGAAAUGCCCUUCAGAAAGGGGCAAGAUUUUGUGGUCUUAGUCAAAGUGAAGCUUGACAUUUACGAGGUGUUUGUCAAUGGGUCACACUUCUAUGGGUACUCACACCGUAUACCUCUUGAACGAGUGACUGCUAUAUACAUUGAUGGACUGCUGACCCUUCACACCGUUAACAUUAUUGGUGGCAUAACAAGGAGUAUGGGGAAUACUGUUGUUUAUAAUCCAACUAUACCUUAUGUUGCUCACAUUCCUGGUGGACUUAGCCCCAAGAAGACAAUCAUUGUGAGAGGAAACAUUCCUUAUGGAGCUACCAGAUUCCACAUCAACCUCAAGAUUGGAUACACCAAUGAUGUUGCUUUGCAAAUUAACCCUCGAUUCAAUGAGAAAACAGUGGUGAGAAACAGUUUAAUUAGUGGCGACUGGGGAAGAGAAGAGAGAGGUCUAAUACACAACCCAUUCCAGCAUGAACAGUUUUUUGAUGACGUGGUAAUAUGUUUAAUGCAGCUGGAAACGGAACUGAAGGGUUUACUGGGCGCCAUCAUAAAAGAAAAAGGGAGCUUAUGGGCGAAAAUGGAGAAGCCGGCAACCCUGAAGUAUUUAAUGGUAGUCCUUUUAAUCCGGCAGCUACACCGAAGAUUUUCGAAACUGAAGUGGAGGGUGAGGAAGCGAGAAAGGACUUAUCUAUGGACUCAGUUAUUGAUUUGCUCUGAUAAUGAUCGUUUCAAGGUGUUUGUGAAUGGACAACAUGCAUUUGACUAUGCCCAUCGUCUGCCUACCUUACAGCAGAUUGACUUAAUGGAAAUUCAUGGUGAUGUGUCCAUUUCCUAUGUACAGGUCUGAAAAACAUAUGUGAAAUAUAGCAGCUGGUUCCAAAUUGGACAGUGUAUCAAAACAAGUUCAGUUCUUAAGAUAAUAAUAUAGUCAUCGUAUAGGUAUUAACUUCCCAUCUGAAGAUUUGCUUUUUGAAUUGUGCUUUUGUUUAUCUGUAAAUGACCAGUCUCUGCUAAACUUUGUUGAUGCAGCACUGAAAGACUUCAGUAAUGUAAAAAGUUACUAAUGUGAAACUUGUUCCUGUCAAUAAAAGAAUACAUCUGCUAUA